AUGGAAGAAGAAUUAGAUUUGUCGUACUUGGACCGUGAAGAUAUAGACGACGAUGUGGUUGGUGUAGACUUUAAUAUAGUCGCAAUGUUACAUCAACAAUUACAAAUAACAACCUCCCUGGCUGCACUAACAAUGUUAUGCAUUGUUUGUCAUGCCUUGAAUAUAUUGAAUAUGUUCUCAAGUGAUCCAAGUAGUGUUAGCAAUUUCCUUCCCGACAAAGACCGUCGCAGACAGGAGUUAAUGUCAUACCUGGUGCAUACUACUCAGUGUCGUGACAUUAUUCGGAUGGGUCCGGAGGCAUUUAUUAAUCUUUGUGAGAGAUUAAGAUCAACUGGGUUAGUUAAAGACGACAUUCGGUCUACAGUGGAGGAACAAGUAGCUCAAUUUCUUUAUAUAGUUGGGCAUAAUGUCAAGAAUCGGAGUGUCGCAUUUUUCUUUCAUCGAUCUGGGGCGACGGUAAGCAAAUUCUUUCACAAUGUGCUGGAUGCUGUUAUAACUCUAGAAUCAGAAUUUUUAACUCAGCCAUCAGGAGAUGAGGUUCAUCCAUAUGUGUUGAACAACACUCGAUUUUAUCCUUACUUCAAGGAUUGCUUAGGGGCCAUAGAUGGUACUCACGUUCGUGUAAGGGUGGCACGAGAAGAUGCUCCAAGAUUUCGUGGUAGAAAAGAUUGGCCAACUCAAAAUGUGUUUGCCGCAUGUGACUUUGAUAUGAAAUUCACAUACGUUCUAGCUGGGUGGGAAGGCACAGCAUCUGAUUCUAGAAUCUUAAAAAAUGCUCUUGAUCGAGAUGAUCCGUUGGCCAUCCCCCAAGGAAAAUACUAUCUCGGCGACGCAGGAUUUAUGCUGAAAAGUACGGUUAUGACACCAUAUAGAGGCGUCAGAUAUCACCUUAAAGAAUUUUCUCGCAGAGGACCACAAAAUGCACGAGAGCUCUUUAACCAUCGACAUUCAUCACUCAGAAAUGUUAUUGAAAGAACAUUUGGUGUAUUGAAGAAACGGUUCUCUAUCAUUGCAAGUGGCACUGAACCACAUUAUGAAUUGGAGACGAUGACGGAUAUUAUUUUGGCUUGUUGUAUCCUACACAACUUUAUCCGUGGAGUUGAUAGGGAUGACCCAUUGCUUAAUGAGGUUGAUAACGAGUUAAAUGAAAGGGAAGAGCAGAAUGUGUCAUCCUCUCAAGUUUGUGAAGAUGAUUAUAGGCUUGGUAGUACUAUUAGGGAUGCCAUAGCGGAUCAAAUGUGGCGAGAUUAUCAAAAUUCUUAG